AAGAGCUUAUGUAGCUUGUUUGUGCUACAUUCAAUACUGAAUAUAAUUUGAUCAAAGUGACAUUAAAAUAAUAGUGGUCAUUAAAAAUGGAAGUGGAUCCGCCUAAGGAACUUUUAAAGCCAUUAGAGAUCCCGCAAAAAAUAUUAAUGGGACCUGGACCAAGUAAUUGUUCGCAAAGAGUUUUACGAUCAUUAGAACAUCAGGUGAUAGGUCAUCUUCAUCCGGAAAUGUUUAAGUUAAUGGACGACAUCAAGUCGGGAAUUCAAUACGCAUUUCAAACAAAAAACGAAUUAACUUUGGCACUGAGUACAGCGGCUCAUGGUGGUAUGGAGGCAUGCUUGGGAAAUUUAAUUGAGCCAGGAGAAACAGUGUUGAUUGCUAAAUGUGGAAUUUGGGGUGAACGUGCCGCCAAUAUGGCGAAUCGUCUUGGUGCAGACAUUAAAUUCCUGACGACCGAAUACGGAAUUGGUUUCGAUCUCGACACUUUAGAAUUAUUUUUAAAAAGAUUCAAACCUGCCGUAGUUUUUGUCGUACACGCUGAAUCUUCAACUGGUAUGAAACAACCAUUGGAAGGUGUAGGAAAUCUCGUUCAUCGGUACAAUUCGUUGUUAAUCGUCGAUUCUGUGGCAUCAUUAGGUGGUGAACCAUUAUUUGUAGACGCUUGGAAGAUCGAUGCUGUUUAUGCCUGCAGUCAAAAAGUUCUCGGUGCUCCGGCAGGUCUAACGCCAAUAUCGUUCAGUCCAUUAGCAGUUGAAAAGAUCUUCAAUAGGCGUACAAAAGUUUCAACAUAUUAUUGGGACAUGAAGAUAUUAGGCGAUUAUUGGAAUUGUUUUGGCAAUCCAAGGAUUUAUCAUCAUACGAUUAGUGCAACACUUAUUUAUGGAUUACGCGAAGCUUUGGCCGAAUUAACGGAGGAAGGUUUAAGUACUCGUUGGUCCAGGCACGCAUCGGUGGCUGUUAAAUUGCGAGAGGAACUUUUGAAACGUCGAUUUCGACUUUACGUCAAAAAUCCGAAAUAUCAAUUAUCUACGAUCGUAUCUAUCGAGAUACCAGAUGGUAUCGAUGUUAAAAUUUUAUCUGCCAGAGCUAUGGAAAGAUAUGGCGUUGAGAUCAGCGGUGGACUUGGUCCAACUGUCGGAAAAAUUUUACGAAUUGGUUUGAUGGGAAACAAUUCUACUUACCGUCACGUUGAUCUUCUACUUGAUGCUUUGGACGAUGCACUCAAAUUCUCUACAAAAUCGAAAAUGUAAUUUUAUUUGUUUAUAUGGGUAUAUAUGUUUACGGGAGCUUCGCCAUGACCGAUUUUGAAAAUAUUUUUGUUACGUCAAAGUUUGUCAAUUAAAAAAAAAAAGAAAAAGGAGAAGACUGCACGAAAAGAUCUUAUCGCGCAAACCAAAUGAACGAGCUGGAGUAAAUUUAUUUUAUUAAUGAAAAUACUGCAAUCGGCAUACAUUUUCUUUCGCUAUUUUAAGCUUCAUUGUAUUAAUUAGCAGUGUCAACAGUUAGGUACGUUAUUUCACUUUCGGCGUAACAAGAAAGAUAAUAAUCUGAAUGUAUGUGAUACAUUGAUAAUGAAAUUACAAUUAGGAGUUAGAGAUAAUGGCAAUAAGUCUAAAUAAGGUAAUGAUGAUAAAUCGAUAAUUAACUAAUUAAUUAAUUAAUUAUCGAUUGUUUUUGGCACAAUACAAUAUCCAUUCUUUUAACAAAAGUACGAUCAAAAGGAAUUUUUACGUCCUACUGAAUAACGAUUAUUAAAUAAUAAUCUCAAAGAUUUUCAAUUCGUAGAAUAAUCAAUGAUUUUAAAAAUUGAUCCUAAUCAUUAUAAGAUCUGAUAGAUUUGAUUGUCUAAAAAGCAUUGCCAUUUGAUUUAACUCAAAAGAUUUUGUAAAGCUAAAGUCUAUAAGAAAGAAAAAAAAAAAAAUAAAAGAAAAGAAAAAAAGAAAAGAAAAGAAAAGAAAAUUAGAUAAAGAUCGAUAACAUGCAUACGUAAGUGGUGAUGACUUUAAAUAAUAAUGACAUUAAUAAUAAUAACUAUAAUUACAAAUGAUAACUUGUUACAUCAAAUCCCGUAUAUCGCGGGUUCGAUGAGGAUAUAUUAUAAACUAUCGAGCUGUAUAAAUAAUAUUAUUAAUAAUAAUAAUAAUAAUAAUAAUAAUAAUAAUAAUAAUAAUAAUAAUUAAUAAUAAUAAUUGAUCGUUCAUUAGCAUACCGAUAGAUGCAUAAUUUCGUUACACAUUAUAUACGUUCGUUUAUUUUCUUCUUUUUAUUUUCUACUCCAUCUUCUUCUCCUUCUCUUUCUUCUUCUUCUUCUUCUUCUUCUUCUUCUUCUUCUUCUUCUUCUUCAUCUAUGUUUUAUGUACAAAAUUGUCAACAAUCAACAGACUGUCCGUGAUAAUCAUAAGUAAAAUCCUAUAUCCUAAUACUAUAGUUAAUGGUAUCGGACUAAUGCAUGCACGUAAUUAAUUAAUUAAUUAAUUAUAAGGCACGAACGGUAAAUAGCGGAUCAACGCUUUCCGUAGAAAAUAUGUAUAUAUGUUAAGUUUGUAUGUUUAUGUAUGUGUGCGUGUGCAUGUUAAAGAAAGAAAUUAAAGAAAAGAAAGAAAUAUUUUCCGUCAUUAACAAAAUAUUCCAAGGAGUAAAAUUAUUACGACGUUCGAAGAAGAAAGAAAGAAAGAAAGAAAGAAAGAAAGAAAGGAAGGAAGGAAGGAUCAAAAAUCAAAAAUAAAAAACCAAAAGAAAAGAAAAGGAAACAACGUAGAAGAAAUUUGUGCUCCCCGAUUUGAUUUAUGGACGACGGGAAGGAAUCGUUGCCUUUUUUCUUUUUUUCUUCUUCUUCUUUUUUUUCGAAAAAGCAACCAGGCCUGCCAGCUGCCGCGACAACGUAGUACGAGCCUCCAUUUUUUUUUCUCCUUUCUUUUUUUCCUCUAUUUUUUUUUUCUCUUUUUUUCCCCC